GGGCUAGGUAGAAUGGGUGGGAUGUCUGGCACGGCAGCAGCAUCCAACCUCCAACAGCAGCAACAGCAGCUGCUGAACAGCAAUGGAGGAGGAUUAGGAGGAGGAAUGGGAGGAGGAAUGGGAGGAGCAGGUUUGGGAGGAGGAGGAGGAAUGGGAGGAGGAAUGGGAGGAGCAGCCGGGUUCGGAGUGGGCAGCACGAGCAGCAGCAGUAUGCAGCCAGGAGCAAGGCCAGGAGCCACACUUCCCCCCACCGCUGCCGCAGCUGCCGCUGCUGCUGUGGCUGCGGGGAGGAGAAGACCUAUAGCUAGCGCAACAGUUGCAGGAAAUGGGGGGGCGUUUCUGAGGCAAAAUGUGGGGACGGGUGGUACUGCUGCUGCUGCUGCUGCCGCCGCUGCUGCUAACGGUGGUGGUUUUGGUGCUGGGGCAUCUACUGGUGCUGGUGGUGCUGGCUUGGGAGCUGCUGUUGGUGGUGGUGGUGCAAAUGGUUACGGGACAGGAGGAUUGGGAGGAGGUGGGUUUGGCAGUCAGAUGGCAGGUGGGGUAGCAGGAGGACCAUCAGGUGGAAUUUCAGGUGGAGUUUCAGGUGGAAAUAUGAUCCCUCCCCCCCCUGCUGGCGCAACUCAAGCGCAGCAGCUGCAGUACUUAAUCCAGCAGCAGCAGAUGCUGCUGGCGCAGACACAGGCGCAAAUACAAGCACGGCAGCAGCAGCAGCAGAACCUGCAGCAGCAGCAGCAGUUGCAGCAACAGCGGCAGCAGCUGCAGCAACAGCAGCAGCAGGUGCUGGCAGCAGGUGGGAUGGGAAGGAGUCUAGGGGGUGGUAUGGCUGGUGCUGGUGGCGCUGGUGGUGGUGGUGGGCUAAGUGCUGGCGGUGUGGGAGCGAUGGGGUUUAGUGCUGGUGCACCAAGUGCUGCUGGUUUGGCUGCAGCAAGGGUAGGAGGAGGAGGAGGAGGAGGGGGGGGGCAAGAAAGAAAUGGGUUCCAUGGAAUAGGAGGGGUAGGGGACAGAGGAAGAGGAGGCGGGGGAGCAGCAGCAGGAGGAGGAGGAGGAGGAUCAGGAGCAGGGGGCCGGGGCACUGUAGCAGCCAUAGUUGCCCCUCAGCGCCGCCCGGAGUUCCUUGCCGGUGCGGUUACCAGCGAGAGCAGGUUCGGCGGGGAGAGCUACAGCGAGAGCGAGAGCACGGACGCCCGGAGCCGCGGCAGGUUCGGCAUAGGUCUGGGAACUGGUGGAGGCUCGGGAAUCGGGCAGAGUAUGCCGGGGGGGAGCUCCAGGGAAGGGGGUGGGGAAUCUAUCACCUCAUCCAUGCUCAAGGGGAGUGUGGGGGCUGGGUUGGGAGGGUUGAACUUGAGGGAUGGGGGGUUUGUGAGUCGAUAUGGGCAGAGCCCGUAUCCCAGAGCGGGCACGAGCACAGGUGGGGGGGGAAGGUGGAGCGAGAGCCACACUUCUCGGACCACAUCCGCUGUAGGAAGGGAUCUGGACCGAAGGGGAGGGGGAGGAGGGGGGGGGGGAGGAGGAGGAGGAGGAGGGAUGGGGGGGAAAGGGUACCAGGGAGGCUACCAGGGAGGCUACCAAGGAGCAUCGCCACCUAGGCUGGUUGCAGGGCAAGCGGUUUCGGCAGCAGCAGCUGCCGCGGCAGCAGCAGCUGCCGCAGCGGCAGCGUCGCAGCGAGCGCUGGCAGCAACGUCCGCUGGAGCUGCUGCUGUGGUGGGCCGUGCUGAGGCGGCUCGGGAGGCUCGGGAGGAGGAGCGGGCAGAGCGGCGCCGAGCCAAGGCCGCAGCUUUGCAGCAGCAGGGGCAGGGGUGGGAGUGGGAAGAGAGGGUGGAGGAAUGAACGGUGCGGAUGGGGGAAUGGUGUAUCAGAGGGAACGAGAGUCGUUGAUUGCAUCCAAGAUGGAGCUCCAGGAGAGGGCUGUGCAGCGACGGUCGAGAUUGCAGGCUCCACAACGGACGGCUGAGAUUGGCCAAGGUGCUGGCGGUGGUGGUGCUCGAAACAUGGGCUAUUGGAACUGAGAACCAUCUACAGUGGGUUUUUGUCCCAGUUCCACUUCACCGUGUAUUGGGGUACAGUAUGCCAAGCCAAUGUUGCCAUAUGUACAGUAUUCAUACAUUGUUAUAUUUUAUCUGCCAAAUUUGUUUGGAUGUGUGGUACGUAUCUACAUUUUCUAGUGU